AUGGCCGUCCCAGCCCUCAGAGUAGCGCCAUCAGCUGCCAGCCGAGCAGUGUCUCUCCUUCGCACUAUACAGUUCACACACCCGCCCAAUUGUCCCUGCCACACCAAUCCAGGUCAUCAUCACCACCAUCAGCGGCAACAGAUCAAUCUCGCCAACAACACCAAUGUGCGUCGACAUUUUGCUACUCCCACGGACCCUUCCCAGCAAAAGGAAUACGCCUUUGAAAUGGCAGCUUCGAGCAUCCGAUUUGGCCCUGGUUCCACAAAGGAAGUCGGCAUGGACUUCAAAAAUAUGGGAGCAAAAAGGGUCUGCAUUGUGACGGACUCGAAUGUGGCUCAACUGGAUGCUAUGAAACAGGCCACUGAGGGUCUUUCUCGAGAGGGUGUGGAGUUUACCGUCUUUGACAAGGUUCGCACUGAGCCCAAGGACAGCUCGAUCAAAGAAGCAAUUGCCUUUGCUAAGCCUUACAACCCUGAUGCAUUCCUUGCUGUUGGUGGUGGUUCUGUCAUUGAUACUGCCAAACUGAUGAACCUAUAUACCGUUUUUCACGACGCCGACUUCCUGGACUUUGUCAACGCCCCUCUCGGCAAGGGCCUUCCAGUCACAAAACCAUUGAAACCAUUGGUUGCUGUUCCCACCACCGCCGGAACUGGGUCCGAAACUACAGGCACGGCCAUCUUUGACCUUGUGUCGAAGAAAGCAAAAACCGGCGUUGCUCACCGUGCUCUCAAACCCACCCUUGGGAUUUGCGACCCAUUCAACACGCGCACAAUGCCCAGCGCCGUGCACGCCUCCUCUGGUCUAGACGUGCUCUGCCACUCGCUCGAAUCAUACACCGCGAUCCCUUACUACGAGCGCAAACCUCGACCCACCAAUCCAAUCAACCGUCCAGCCUAUCAAGGCGCAAACCCCAUUUCAGAUAUAUUCUCACUCAACGCUCUGCGCAACACUGUCAAAUACCUUCCUCGCGCCGUCAGAGACCCCGAUGACUUUGAAGCGCAAGAGCAAAUGCUCUUAGCCGCGACGUUGGCUGGCGUCGGUUUCGGCAAUGCCGGCGUCCAUCUAUGCCAUGGCAUGAGCUAUCCAAUCUCCGGUCAAAACCCGGGCUACAAACACGCCGGCUAUCAGGUAGACCAUCCCAUUAUCCCGCACGGAGUCUCCGUGGCCGUAACUGCGCCUUCAGUCUUUCGAUUUACAGCUGCGUCAAACCCAGACCGCCAUCUAGAAGCGGCCGAGGCAUUUGGCGUUGAUAUCACCAAUGUCAAACGCGAAAGUGCGGGGGAAGUGCUAGGCGAGGCUAUUGCGAAGUUCUUGGUUUCUCUGGGCGACCAGCCGCGUGGGCUGAAGGAUCUAGGGUUUAAGGCAUCUGAUAUUGAUGGGUUGGUUGAAGGUACCAUUCCGCAGAAGCGUGUGCUCAUGUUGGCGCCUAGUUUGAGUGAGGAAUUGAAUGCCGAGAAGGAGGAGCUGAGAACGUUGUUUGAGAACUCGAUGGAAUACUAG